GUGAACUGACAUCAGGAAAGCGUCAUGAGCACUGAAAAAGAGCGCAGCGUCCUGAAUGAUGCUGAUGAGGAGAAGGAGGUGAAGGAUGAGAAGCCGGCUGUGAAGGAGGAGCUGUCGGAGGAGCAGGAGCUGGAGGAGCUGAGGGCUCAGGUGCUGCAGCUCCUGCUUGAGCUGGAAGAAGCUCGAGACACGGCUCAGAAACACGAGGAGAGCUUUCUGGAGCUGCAAGGUCUUCUUGAGGAGGAGCGUUUAGCUAGUGCUCAUCAGGCCGAGGCCUUCACGAGACAGAUCCAGCGUCUGCAAGCACAGCUUCGCUCUGUCCAGGAGGAGAUGGACAGUCUGGAGGAGGAGAAGGAGAGCGAGCUCCUGGAGGCGCAGGAGGAGCUGCGGGCAGCGCAAGAGGAGGUGCUGCUGCAGCAGCAGGCGGCGGAGGAGGCCGCUGCCGAAAGAGAGAACGACAUCGCCAGUCUGCAGGAGGAGCUCUGCCGCUUACGGGCCGAAAUCUCACGACUGGAGAACACAGGACAGGAGUACGAGCUGGAGAUCGUCACGCUCCGAGCGGAAAUAGAGAUGAAGAGCCAGAGCCGUCUGCAGCAGAGGAAGCAGGGUGAGGUGGGUCUGUUGAUGGAUGAAUGCAACAAUCUGAAGGAACAAUGUCAUGCGCUGCAAGAUGAAAACACAAGACUGAAUCACAGACUGCAGAUGCUGCAGAAGAGGAGUUCAGGCAGUACCUGCAUCACUGUUCAAGAAGAGCAGGACGAGAUAGAAGAAGAAAAACGCAUGCAGUGUGGCACAGAGACAGAAACGGCAAGCUCUUAUAUGAGCUCCAACUGCAGGCUGGUGGACGCUGGGAUCCAGAAGAACAUAUCGUUUGAUGGCAAACCUGUGACCCCCACCGGCUGGACAGGAGGUUUCUCAGAGAUCCUCUCACUGAGAGAUCAACUCAAGCAGACAGAAGAGAAGGCCACACAUGUGCAGAGAGAGUGUGACGGACUAAAGAAUGAACUAGAAAAUCUGCGGGAAAUGUAUGAGACCAGUCAGAAGGAGCGAGCCGAGCUGGAGCUGGAGUUACUGCGCUGCAGGGAAGAGCUGGAGAGAGCUGCUGACGUCAAAGAGGAAUGAUGCUAAUAAAAACGAUUGAUUUGCUGCUGGCGGUCUGAACUAUAUUGUGGAGAACAAAAGCUGUGUUCUCAACUGAUGAAACCACAAGCUACGAUCAACACUCAUCACAGCCUCUACAGUAACAUCUGGAGUUUAAUGGUGUUUUUGUUUGUCUUUUUUGCAAUAAUAACUACCUUCUAAGACAAAAAGUUCCCGCUUAUAUUUUUCCUAUAAUAUUUCUAAUGUACUUCAUAUUAGUUUAGCAAAUGUUUUUGACUUAUUCGCCAUUUAGCUACUUAUUGUCUUGUGUUGGCUUAUUGUAAAUAUCUUUAAUAUUAUAAAUUAAUAUCAUAUUCCUUCCUAAUAUAUGAGAUUAAGUAUUACAAAUUUAUUAAUUGCAACAGGCCAAAAAAUACAGUAAAGAAGGCUCAAACUGAAAAGAAAAUGUGAAUUAAAAAUCAACUUAAAUAUUUAAAAUAGUUAUUUUAUACCUUAUAAAUUAUUUUGUGAAUUUACACAAUGCUAUUGGUUUGCAAUAACUGCUUUAAUCUAGUCUUUUUGUAUAUUUUUAUGCAUGUUUCAGCAUGAGGCAACACUAUAUUGUCAUACAGAGGAUUGCAUAUAGAUUUAUACACUGAUGAGAAUAAUCAACAAUUCAACAAUGUGUCUAUACAGUUCUGGAAAAAAAUAAAAUAACAAUUUUGUGUGCCCCUUGAACAUAAUUUAGUGCAUAAACUCUUGAGGUCACUGAUGUAAAAAGUAAAUGUAAACUCAUAAUUAUUAACUAGUUCAACGACCUAGAAAUCUGAAGCUGGUCAUUUACUCACGUGAUUUGGAUCAUAGUCACAUGACCCAAAUUCUACAGACGCCCAGUCCAAGAGGGUCAUAAUAAGGGUGGAAUAAUGAUUAGAAAUAAUUUUGUAUCACUUAAACUUUAACAAAUCUUUUCUAAAGUCAUCUGAAAUCUCUUUUCAUGCGUUGGAACAGAAUGACACUAUUUUGAGCAGGUGAUCAAAAAUUAUAUCAAAAUUUGAACUGUUUUGAACUCUUUAUCAAAGGCUUUUUAUCAAGAAAGUAAUAUUUUUACUUUUUCCCAAUGACCUUGAUUGUUUGGUUAUACAAUUUUAGAAUUUAUAUUAUAAAAUAUAUAUAAUUUAGGUUUGGUUAUAAAACUGUAGAAUUUAUAUAAAAUGUGUGUAAAACUAAAUAUCUAAGUCAGACUUCUAUUUAUUAUGUAUUAUGACUGAUCUGAUAAUCGGAUUACGUGUGAUCUCUUUAAUUCAUUAACAUCUGAGUGAGCAAAGAUUAGCUGAGAUGAUCGAAGCCUAGCAACAACUGGAAUAAUUAUUUUUAUUAUUAUUAAUUAUUAUUAUUUCUAUUCUGUUGUGACAGUGGUACCAAAAACUGUAUUUCAAUUUGUAAAAACUUCUAGAAUAUUUGUAUAUUUUGAAGAGAAAUAGAUGAACCAUUAGGUGUAAUGGUGUUUAAUGUAUUGAAUUAGCAAUGAACUGAAAUCCACUGUAUCCCUACAUUUGAUAAAGACCAGUUCCAACCUUCCAAAACUUUUGUGGGUGUUUCUUUAAAUAUGGGCACUUUCUGCCCUGUGGAUACUUUUAAAAAUAAAUAAUCUUUA